ACAUCUUUCUAGCAACAUGGCGGACCCAUGCUCCGCAGCCCCCGGUCCUGAGGAGACAAUUAUGGAAAACCAAGAGUGUUCCGCAGCGGGGGGAGAUGCUGAGCCACAGGGAGCAGCUGCGAGUGACAAACCCGUGUGUCUAAUCGUACUGGGGAUGGCGGGGUCCGGAAAAACCACCUUUGUUCAGAGGCUGACAGCUCACCUUCACUCCCUGAAAGCUCCUCCAUACGUCAUCAACCUGGACCCUGCUGUCCAUGAAGUUCCCUUCCCUGCAAACAUUGACAUCAGAGACACCGUGAACUACAAGGAGGUGAUGAAACAGUAUGGCCUCGGACCAAACGGAGGCAUUGUGACGUCACUCAAUCUUUUUGCUACACGCUUUGACCAGGUGAUGCAGUUCAUUGAGAACAAGCAGCACAAUCACAGGUACGUGCUGAUUGACACCCCGGGUCAGAUUGAAGUCUUCACCUGGUCUGCGUCUGGAACCAUCAUCACAGAGGCUCUGGCGUCUUCCUUUCCCUGUGUCGUCAUCUAUGUGAUGGACACGUCCCGUAGUGUCAGCCCCGUCACAUUCAUGUCCAACAUGCUCUACGCCUGCAGUAUCCUUUACAAGACCAAGCUGCCAUUCAUCGUCGUCAUGAACAAGACGGACAUCAUUGACCACAGCUUUGCGGUGGAGUGGAUGCAGGACUUUGAGGUUUUCCAGGAUGCUCUUAACCAGGAAACCUCAUAUGUGAGCAACUUGACGCGCUCCAUGAGUCUGGUGCUGGAUGAAUUCUAUGCCAACCUGAGGGUGGUGGGCGUGUCUGCAGUGACAGGAAGUGGAUUGGACAAGCUGUUUGAACAAGUAGAGGAUGCCGCCAAAGAGUAUGAGAGAGACUAUCGGCCAGAAUAUGAAAGACUCCGCAACCAGCUGGCCGAGGCUCAGAGUAAGAAGCAGCAGCAGCAGCUGGAGCGUCUUAGGAAGGACCUGGGAGCUGUUAACAUCACCAACACACCUGCUACAGAGGAAGCUGACAUCGCCGGACCCAGUGACCUCAUCAUGACACGCGGUACUCCUGAUGAUGACGAGGAGGAGGAGGAGGACAGUGACACGGAUGACAUUGACCACAGUGCCACGGAGGAGAGCAAAGAGACAGAUGCCUUUGGAAACUUCCUGAAGGAGAGAAAGGAAGUGGUUCAGGUCAGAAACAGGAAGUCUGCAAUGCCUGAGGGACCCUGACAUCUGACUCCCACAGUCUCACUACUGAGCAAGGAGUGAACGGUUCCCAUCAGUGAGGAACAGACUUUUAACUGUAAUACUGUGGACAUACAGUAGAUACCUGAUGAGCUCGAUGGGCGAAAGCUUGCACUUUGAUCAGGUGACCUCUGACCCUGUGAUUGAUUGCGCUUCAGUGUCAAACCUUGCAUAUAAAAAAAGUUGUAUUUUUAUAUUGGAGCAGAAUGAUAUCGUCCUGUUUUGUGU